UAACCUCUCUCUCUCUCUCUCUCUGCAGAAGAAGAAGGAGAAAAAGAAAAAGAAGAAGAAGGAGAAGAAGGAGAAAGUAGGGAGAAGAGAUGGCGGGCGAGACAAAGAAGAAGAAGAAGAAGAUGCCGUCCUCCUCGCUGUCUCACCUGCAGGUAACUGCCGCCGUACUGACUGUUGUCGUGGUCCCUGUGCAGGUCGCUGGCAUGGAGCACAGCUAUAGCGCUCAGCACGCGAUGAACAGGAUUUUUCAUGACUACUUAGACAAGUUUAUCGUCGUGUACCUCGACGAUAUUCUCAUCUUUAGUAGGCCUGUAGAGGAGCACGCCGAGCACUUGAAAACAGUGCUAGGUCUCCUAAGACAGGACCAGUACAAGGUUAACUUGGAGAAAUGCGAGUUUGGUCGCACCAAGAUCUUGUACUUGGGUCAUGAAAUCUCAGCUGAUGGAUCGAGGCCGGAUGAUGCCAAAGUGGCCAGCAUACGUGACUGGCCCAGACCUCAGACUGUUAUCGAGGUCAGAUCGUUUUUGGGGAUGACGGACUACUAUCGUCUGUUUGUGAAGAACUAUAGUACUAUAGCUUCCCCAUUGACAGAUCUAACUCGACUGGACACCCCUUGGGAGUGGGCUGAAGAGUGUGAGGCGGCCUUUAGGAAACUGAAGUACGCCCUGACACACUAUGAGGUUCUUAAACUUCCUGAUCCUGAUAAGCCGUUUGUCGUGACCACAGACGCCAUCCAAUAUGGCAUAGGCGCGGUCCUUGCGCAAAAGGAGGGGCCCAAGUUGAGACCUAUCGAGUACAUGAGCAAAAAGAUGCCAUCUCAGAAACUAGCUAAGUCCACUUAUGAGCGUGAGCUCUAUGCCCUGUACAGAGCGCUGGUUGUGCCUCCCGUAUCGGAGGAGGAUAUCUCCAAGUCUGGCGGAAGUCGAGAGGCGGCAUUGAGAUCUGCCGAGGCAUCGGCCUCAACCUACACACUACAAGUAUUUCGGCGUGCAGAUGAGCUCAGCGUAGAUGCCCGUAUCUGCACCCUGGGAUCAAUUGCUGCGAGCAAUGCACAGCUGAACCCAAAGUUUUCACCAUCAACGUUCUUUUAUGAAGUCGAGGCCAAAUUUGAAGCUGAAGAGUUGAAUGCGAUGGCGAUUUUUCCGAACGAGGUUCAAGGGAAGUAUGUGUUCGCCGUCGAUGAUCCAGUCCUUACAACAGCAGCUGCAGCGGCAGUGACCACAGGGCCUGAGGUUCUGACGGUUGCUUUCACAACAUCAGACCCUGCUGCUCACCGUUUAUAUAUAAACUAUGGAGGGCAGCACUGGAGAGAAGCUGACAAGGAAGGCAUGUUUCCCAUUAUUCCUCUCAGUCAGGACUCUACAGACGUGUUCAUACAGUCUGUGGCAACCGAUCAAGGGCAUAACUGCACGUAUGGUAUGCGCAUCAACCGGAACUUGCAGAGGGCACAGGUGGAGAUUGACAUACUCGUGAAAGAGCGUGAGCGAAAGGCAUUCGGUGACCGUCUAUUUGAGAAUUACAGGCCAAUCGAACUUCCUGGUGGACAGGUGAACAUUUACUACAGGGAUGCGCUUGACCAUUGCCACGGGGCACCAUAUCCUUGGGUUCCUCUGCUUGGUCCUAGAGAUGCUUCUUCUUUCAGUUGGCCGUUAUCGUUGAAUGCAGUCAAUUCCUCAGCCGUUUGGAAGAAUGGCUCACUCUUGUGGGGGAAUGACUCAGCCUUUCGGGUAGACAAUGUACUAUUGGCCAGGAAUGGGUCGGCCCUUUCGGAAAAUACCGCGGUCUUGGGGAAUACGACCGCGUUCGCUUCUGCCAAUGACUCGAGCAAUACCACACUGAAUGAAGCUGUGGAUGAUCUACAGGUGCCGGUGAGCACAAAUACGAACUCUACGGGUGAUUUGAGUAGGGGAAAUGCCAGUCUGGGCAGAGUGGAGCAGCCCACUUCUUCGUCAUUGGAUCAACAAUCGUUUCUGCGGCUUUACCAAUCAAAGAAAGAAAUACCCCAUGCAACUAAACAGCAUGAUAAAAGCAGAUUUAAAUUUCUUUGGUCAGCGUUGGGGACGAGAUGGGACUGGGGCAAGGGAGGAGCAAGAGACCAAGGAGAGAGCAUGGGGCACGAGGAGGAGGAGGAGGAGGAGGCGGCGGCGGCUUCCUUUGGGGAAGAACAGAACAAGUCAGAGACAGGGGGGGGAGGAGAAGCUGAUAACCAGCAUGCAUAUGAUAAGAAGACACUCAUGCAUGAAGGCGAUUGGCGAAGGAGGCAUCUUUUGAGAGCUCGAAAAGGCCUUGAUGAGCUUGUACGGCAAGGCUGUACAACGGCUCUCCAGGUCGGAGAGUUCAAUGAACAUGGCCUGGCAACCACUCUUGCCCCUCAGGAACAGGAAGUUGGACUGUGUCUGCAAAACAUACUCAAUUGCGAAAUGAUCCCAUCCGAGGUGGUGAUAAUUCUGGAUAUGCUGUUUAUGUCACAGCUGAUGAACAAAAAGGUGGCUUGCAUCACGAUCAAUGCUGUGAAUGGUGAUUGCAUUACGGAUGGAAGCGCCGUACUUCACUCAAGCUGUGCGGUCGUUGGAAAUGGGCCCAGUGUUGGAAGAUCAGACACAAAUGGCGAGGCCAUUGACCGGCAUGACGCUGUGUUCAGAGUGAAUUUUGCGCCCAAGAAGUUCUUCGAGAGCUAUGUCGGAAACAAGACGACAUACCGUGUACUCGAUGACUCAACAGCAAAUGAGAUUGCGAGGGGAAGGAGGGCACACCCUGAUCCAGGGGAGACAUGGGUGCUUUCAGAUCAGCACUCUGUACAUGUAGGGACUCGUAGACUCCAUUUAUGGGAAUGGGACGCAAUGUUCGUUAUGAUGCGGGAGACUACCAGGCUUGGUCUUUCUGGGAAAACCAGGACGAGUGCCACAGGAGAACCUGACGGCAGAGAGUUCAUCUGCCCUCGGACAAUCAGUACAGGACUCCAAACAGUUUUGCUAGCUCUCCGGCUAUGUCAAGAGGUCAACCUGUUUGGCUUCUCCUACACUGAACACAUGGCUGAGAAGGGGAUGAGGUACUUCGACGACUCGAAUGUUGACAGGGACCCAAUGUUCACCGCACACAAUUGGCAGUUUGAAGCUCUGUUCUUGAGGAUUCUUCAUCUAGCGAAUAGGGGGAUAAUCUGCACCGGUUAGGGAUAGGUAAACAGUUUCUAAGACCCACCCAGUCUGCAGAAGUCCGCAGAACUCUCUCUCUCUCUCUCUCUCUCUCUCUCUCUCUCUCUCUCUCUCUCUCUCUCUCUCUCUCUCUCUGUGUUCUUUGUGAAUCUGCAUGUAGCAAAGAGGGUUAUAAUUUGUACUGUAACUACCGUUUACAGAUAGGUAAACACGUAAAACUCUCUCUCUCUCUCUCUCUCUCUCUCUCUCUGGGUGUGUGUGUGUGUGUGUGUGUGUGUGUUCUUUGGGAAUCUUCGUGUAGCAAAGAGGGGUAUAAUUUGUACCGUAACUAUCGUUUAGGAGAGAGGUAAACAGUUUGUCAUACGCACACAGUCUGUACAAUAAAUGCUGGAGUUUUGUGUUGGUGCUAUUGGCAUAGAGUGCCAUGCACUUAUGCUAGAAUUUUGGAGUUCCAAAGGGAACGCAUGCACCGCUUCUGGGUGUUGAUGCGACCUGUAGAGGACCACGCCGUUAACAGCGUAUAUAGACCUCGGAAGUCUUGCACAUUCAGUACAACCUUCAGAUCACCUCUGCCUAUGCUAGUCCCUCUCUUCCUUGUGCCCCUCUUUCCUGUUAUAACAGAAACGUUCAACUCGUCUCUCGCUUUGGGUUUUCGAUAAAUAGGCUUGGCAGGC